UUAGCCCACGUACCGUGUAGGCCUAUGUAAGAUGGGACCUCUGCGAUGGGGAAUCUGCUCGGCUGGGAAAAUCUCCCAAGAUUUCUGCCAUGCCAUUUGUGAUCUAGAAAACCACACGAUUCAAGCGAUUGCAGCAAGGUGUGAGGAGGAUGCCCAGAAGUUAGGAGGCAAAAUAGGAGCAGAAACGACCUACGAAGGUUACAACUCGCUCGCCACUGAUCCAAAUGUUGAUAUUGUAUACAUUGGGUCUGUUAACACUGCACACUUUGCCUUAUGCAGGCUGUUCUUGGAAGCCAAGAAACAUGUCCUGUGUGAAAAGCCUCUAGGACUACAUGCUAAAGAAGUAGGUCAAAUGAUUGACCUUGCGAGGAAGAGCGGUGUAUUCUUCAUGGAGGGUAUAUGGAGCCGGUUCUUCCCAGCUUAUGAGAAGGUGAGGUCCAUCGUAUCUACUGGAGAGAUUGGAGAUGUGAAGUUCAUCACAGGAGAUUUCUGCAUUAAUGCAGUAGGGGGAGGAAGAUGUUACGAUAAAAGUUUAGGUGGUGGGGCUAUAUACGAUAUUGGGAUCUACCUGGUCCAGCUGGUCACCAUGGUAUUUGGUCCAGACCCUAUCCUGGUCCAAGGGGUUGGAGGUCUGUCCGAGUCUGGUGUUGAUGAGAUUUGCAGCAUGACAUUACAGUAUCCUAAUAAUAAGGUUGCCAAUCUGAUGAGCUCGAUCGGUCUUUUCAGCAAUAACGAGGCAACUAUCGUCGGCACCAAGGGCAGAAUAAAUCUUGGAAACAAAUUCCAUGUGGCCUGUCGUAUUGAGCUAGUACGAGAAUGCCCAGCACCAGGGUUUCUUGAGAGGGAAGUCUUUGAGUUCCCGUUGCCUCCCUGCCAUCGCCCCUUCAAUUACCACAACUCGGUGGGGCUGCGUUACCAAGCCGACGCUGUCAAACUAGCGAUAGACGAGGGUAAGACGGAGCAUCCCCUCAUCACAUGGUCCGAGAGCUUAGCCAUUCACAAGAUCAUGGAUAAACUGAGACACGAUGUGGGAUAUUACCGACCAGAUGAGGAAACAGAAAACAAGAUUUUGUGAUUGCCAUGACUAUUUAAAGCCCCACUGCACUACUUGUAAAUACUUGCUCCCUGUUUGAUUCUGAGUGGGUAGAUUCCACGGGCGUAAUGUACUAUCUAGACAGCAGAGAUCGCAGUCGAAAGUCGGUGGAGAAGACGAGUGUUAUAACUAAUUUCUAUCGAAAAAAAGGCUAAAAUGGGUUAUAUUUACAACAAAGAAUGUUGUAAAAUUUGUUUAAAUACAAGAAGCCUCCACUGACCAAUAUAUGAAAUAAACACUUAGCGUUGUUUGAUUUGAUGUUAUUUUGUUGGUCAGUGUGAAUUGAGCAUGAAUGAUGACCAGCAAUAGCGAUUGCAAUAAUACUUACACAUUGUGUUUAUUUUCUUUUCUUUUUUUCAUCUGUAUAAUUUUUUUCGUCAGUUUUAUGUAAUAAGCAACAUUAUCCUUUCUUUCCUUUUAGUUUAUCAUUAUCUUAUUCAAAGAACGUGCAUGGAAAACAUGGAAAACAUGCAAUGAACAUAUACAGCAAAAGCCAUAGAUUCCAUGUAGUGGUUACAAGCUUUUGUUUAUGUUUUGCGGACAUGCUACUAUCGCCUACGUCACAUUAUUUUCAGCGUUUUAUUUGUUUUAUUUGGUCGAGAAAAUGAAAGAUGAAAAUUCAUUUUUUUACGUCUUAAUCAAGUAUUUUUAAAAUAUGUUUUUUUUUUUUUUUUAGUUCCUGAGGUCUUAAGCUUUCCAAUGAUAUAUAGUUAUAUUUUUUAUAGAAUGGUUACUUUAAGAGUAUAUUAUUGCAUAUUUUGUGGUUUUACAAUCCUGAAAUCAUGCAUAUAUUGAUGACUGAAAAAAUUAAGUUGGUAUUUUAUUUAUUUAUUUUUUAGGUAUGAAAGUCUGCAAUAUUAAUUAAUGCCAAUUAUUAUUAUUAUUAUUUAUUAUUAUUAUUAUAAGAAGAUCUAAUGCUUUAUGUUGUCUUUGCAAUGAAAUAGUGUUGGAAAAUGAGGAAUAAAUAAAAUUAUAUUUUUAACCUA